AUGAAGGAAGUAAUUUUGUUAAUAACAGGAGCAAAUAGUGGAUUAGGAUUUGCUUCUGCAAUCAAAUUUAUAGAUUAUUAUACUCCAGUAGCUCAAUCUGAAGAAUACUUGACACUUAUCAUUACAUGUAGAACUAAAAAGAAAGCUCAAAAUACUAUAGCUCGUUUAAAAAUGCAUGCACCAUUACGUAAAUUAAAACUAUAUUAUGAAUUGUUAGAUCUUUCAGAAAUGGAAAGCGUAGAAGCCUUUUGUAAAAAUUUAUUACUAAAAUAUGAGAAGUUAGAUAUUGUUGUUUUUAAUGCAGGUAUAGGUGGUUUUAUUGGGAUUAAAUGGCUACAUGCUAUUUGGGAUAUUCUUACAAAUUUUGUGAAUGCCAUAACAUAUCCAUCAUGGAAAAAACAAGGCAUUUCUCUUAAGUCUAAAAAUCAGCUUGGUUUAAUCUUUCAGGUAAAUGUAUUUUCAUACAUUUAUAUAAAAGAGCGUCUUGGUUCUCUUUUUUUAUCUUCAUCGCGUCUUAUUUGGGUAUCAUCAUUAGAAUGUCAACCUUCUGCAUUUUCUGUUCUUGAUAUACAAUGCUUUUAUGGAAAACUUCCUUAUGAAUCUUCAAAACGUUUAAUGGAUAUUUACCAUUUUGCUACUUAUGAAAAACUGUCUUAUAAUCAAUAUCUUUGUCAUCCUGGGAUUUGUCGAACAAAUAUUAUGGCAGAGCAUCUUAAUUGUUUUUCUACUUUUUUCAUGAUUAUUGUUUUUUAUAUAGCACGUUUUUUGGGAAGUCCUUGGCAUACUUGUACACCUAUAAAUGGUGCAUAUUCUAUUAUUUAUUGUGCUACAGAACGGAAGGUUCCGCGUAAUAUCAAAUGGGGUAGCGGAACUAAUAGAUGGGGGAAAUGUGUUUUACGAAAUUCUAGUGUUAUUCCCUAUGAGGAGAAGGAGGUAGACAUAGUUGUUGAUUAUCUCCAUAAUUUGGUCAAAGAAUGGAAAGAUAAGCUUUCUAUAAAUUCUUGA